UCCUCUAGCCCACCCGAACUCCCGAAACCCCAUCGCCGCCACUCCACGCCCGACCCGCCGUUCCCACCGCGCCGCGCUGCAACGAGCCGCCGCCGCCCAGCUCGCUUCCUUCUGCCGCCGCCUCGCUUAGGUAGACCACCACCGCUAGGAGCGCACGCACAGGCACCUCGCUCCCCUACCGCUUCCCGCCCUGAGCGAGUUAGCCAUGGCGGAGCCCACCGAGAGAGACCAGUUCACGGACGAGGAGGAGGAAGAUAACUUCCUGGAGGACGGCGAGCAGGGCCUUGGAAGCGAGGACGAGGAUGAAGGAGGGGAAGGAGCCGGGGGCAAGAGGAAGCGGCUAGGGAAUAGUCUGGGCGUGAUCGGUAAGCGCGGGGUGUGCUACCUCAGCCGCGUCCCGCCGCACAUGAACCCGUCGCACAUCCGCCAGAUGCUCUCCAAGUACGGCGAGGUGCUCAGGAUUUACCUCGUUCCUGAAGGUCAAGGUCAUCGGAAGCAUACUACUGUUAAAGCAAAGGCUUACUCAGAAGGGUGGAUUGAAUUUGCAAAGAAGAGUGUUGCCAAGAGAGUGGCUAAUCUGCUUAAUGGUGAACAAAUAGGCGGGAAGAAGAGAUCUCCAUUUUAUUAUGACAUUUGGAACAUUAAAUACCUCAGGAAGUUCAAAUGGGAUGAUCUGGUUGGUGAAAUGGCUGAGAAAACUCAUAUCAGAGAGCAGAAAUUAACCUUGGAGAUAGCAGCAGCAAAGAAACAACGUGAUCACUACCUGUCCAACGUUGAAAAGUCUCGUGCAUUGAAACACAUUCAAGAGCGCAGGAAAAAGAAGCAGAAGACAGAAGGAGCAGAAGCCAGUAAUGUCCCAGAAACAACAACUGUUCGUCCAAUUCCUCAAAAGAAACCAGUCGGGGAGACUGAUUCCAAAACUAAAUCUACGCUUUCAAAAGACAUUUUAGCUGGUGUAUUCGGAGGUUCAUCAUGACCACCUCCUUAUCUCUUAGUGUGGGUUGGUGCACGCUGAACUGAAUGGAGUACUGCAAGAUCAUAGAGUUCAUAUUCUACUUCCAGAUUUUGUAGAUGAAGCUGUGUUUUUUCUCAGGGUAAGUAGGAACUUACAGAAACAUUUUGUUGCGCUGAUAUGCACUUGAAGGUUUUCUGGGACCUGGCGAUUGAAUGUGAAAGGACUGUUGAUUGCCAAUGCUGAUUGACCAGAAAUCUUUGUAAAACUGAAACGUAUGUUCUCUUCUUCUUGAAACAAAUAUCAUGAGCAACUGUCUGUUGGCAUUAUCUCC